AUGUCUAAAUGUAUGACAGUCUUAGCAUGUCGAUAUCAUCCAGAUGCUACACUUAUUGAAGAUUAUAGAGCAGGCGAUGUAAUCUGUUCACAAUGUGGCCUUGUUGUAGGCGAACGAAUGAUCGAUGUUAGUUCUGAAUGGCGUGAUUUUGGAAAUGAAUCAGACUCAAAAGAUAAGAGUCGUGUUGGCAGUGCUCAAAGUUUACUAUAUGAUUAUGCUAAUCUUGAAACUACAACAUCUAUAGGGAAAGGUGCAGGAGCACUUGAUGAAUUAGGAAAACAAAAAUAUAACAAGAAAAUAAGUCAAAUAUCAUCUGCGGAUCAAGCAUUACGAAAUGGUCAUGAUGCUAUUCGAGCAAUGGCUGCACGUAUUAAUUUAACAAAGAAAGUUAUUGAUCGAGCAUUUUUAAUAUAUAAAUUUUGUUAUGAAAAAAAAUGUUUACGUGGUUAUUCAUCAGAAGCAAUUAUUGGUGCAUGUAUUUAUAGUGCUUGUCGACAAGAAGGUUCACCACGUACAAUAAAAGAAAUUUGUGAUAUUUCAAUGGCAUCAGUAAAAGAACUUGGUCGAUGUUUUAAUAAAAUAAAACUAUCUACACCAAAUCCAACUGCAAUUCAAUCAAUUGAUAUAAAAAAUUUGGUGCCUCGUUUCUGUAAUCAACUUCAACUUGAACAAGAAAUACUUAUACGAAAAACAGCUAUUCAUAUUGCUGAACGUGCUAAUGAAGUUUGUAAUAUUCAAGGUCGUGCACCAAGUUCUAUUGCUAGUGCAGCUAUUUAUAUGGCUUGCUUAGCUGCACGUGAAAAGAUAACAAAGAAAGAUAUUCAAAAAUCAGCCGGUGUUUCCGAAGGUGUUAUACGAAUCAUAUAUAGAAUUAUGUUACCUCAUGCUGCUGAAUUAUUUCCAAAUGAUUUUAUAUUUAAAUGUCCAAUUGCUAAUUUACCAAUGCUUUAA